GGCAACCUGGCGGAAACUCAACAUCUAGAUCUUUAGAAGACGUGAUCAGCUUCCUUUGAACGUUGUCACCUCCCUAUUCAAGAUUUUUCAAAAUACUUGUUCUGUGAAACAAUCUACUGUCUUGUACAUUUGAUGCAAUUAUUUCUAUUUGUUAGAGACAUUUUGUCUCAACGCAGACUAAAAAAACAUCCUUGUUUGGUAUAUUUUAUAAGUUUGUCAUUAGAUAAAAAAAAUCUGUUUAUUUGAACCUUUAAGCUGAAAUGUUCAUAUUAUUGUUGAGAUAAUACAUUUACUGCCAAUCAAAAGACAUCAUGGCACAUGGCUAUCAGCAUGUGUUUCUCACAGGGCCUCCUGGUAUUGGGAAAACUACAAUCAUUGAGAAAGUCUGUAAAGAACUCCGAUUAAAAAGCAUUUCCAUGAAAGGAUUUUUCACAGCAGAGCUGCGAGAAGAUGGGAAACGUGUUGGUUUUGACAUAAUAUCAUUGGAUGGAAAUAGGUGCCCAUUAGCAAGAAUUGGGAUUGACAGCGAGGGCACAGGACCUAAAGUUGGACAAUAUGUAGUCAAGUCGUUUGAGUCUGUUGCACUUCCCAUUCUACAGACAGAAAUGAGUCAUGUAACAGUUCUUGAUGAAGUUGGCAAAAUGGAACUCUUCAGUCAAAGAUUUGAACUUGCGGUCAAGAAUGUGUUUGCUACUAAUACUUCAAUUUUAGGAACAAUACCUCUGCAGAAAGGAAGGCCAAUACCUCUGGUUGAGUUUAUACGCACACACCCAUCUGUCAAACUCUUUACAGUUGACUACAAAAAUAGAGAUUCUGUACCCUACGAAAUUGUUAACCUCUUGGCAUCUGCUGGGGAGAGUCAUGGUAAACCAUAAAAAUAAGUGAUUUCUAAAGAAAUUAAAUUUAUUUCUUACCAGGAUUAUGCAGUCACUGCAUUGAUCACCACAAAUCACCCAUCUACUAUAGCUGUUGAUUAAAAUUUCCAUAAAAGAGUAGAAAAAGCCCAACAUGAUAUAUACUUUUAACUGCAUCAUUUCUUAUGUAAGUAAAA